AUGAUUGGCGAGCCGACGAUGGAGCUGACGCUGGAAGAAGGCGACUUGCUCUACUUCCCGCGCGGCGUCAUCCACCAAGCGUGCACGGGCAGCGCGUUCUCGACGCACGUGACCAUCUCGAUCUACCACCACAACUCGUGGGCCAACUUUAUGGAGGUCGCCCUUCCCCGCAUCGUUCGCCGCGCGUUCGAGCACGACAUUGAGUUUCGUCGCGGCCUCCCCGCGAAUUGGCUCUCGUUCAUGGGCACGCAGUUUGACGGCGAGACCAAGGCGGCGACGCAGUUCAUGUCCAAGUGCAAAAACCUCGUGUCGCAACUGCUCCAGCACGUCGAGAUGACCGACAUGCAAGAAGCCGCCGACGAAGCCGCGCUCGACUUUGUGCAGAACCGCCUUCCGCCGUGGCCGAUCACGCCGCCGACGCCGCCGACGAUCUCGGCGCUCGACCCGAACGCCAAAAUGCGUCUCCCACACAAAGCGUACAUGCGCCUCGUCGUGUCCGAGAUGGACGGCAUGGACGUUGUGACGCUGCACCACUCGCUGCACAACUGCCGCGUGCACCACAUGGGUGUGUGCUCGUGCGGCGACAAGGACGAGGACGACGAAAAUGACAGUGACGGUCACGACGACGAUGACGACGAGGGCGACGACGACGACGACGAUGAUGAUGACGACGAGAUGAUGCACGAGAUGGCGCCAGGCGACAUGGUCAACACGGGCAUUGCGUUCCCGAUCGACUGCUUCCCCGUCCUCAUGCACUUGUACAAGACGUCGCCCGGCUUCUCGACGCAAACCGACCUCGCCCAGGUCGCCGACAGCGACGCGGUGCGUGGCGUGCUUCUGCGCUUGAUGGCCGAGAACGUGCUCGACGUACAGCGCGCCUGAGCUACGAGACGCUUCAGCAAAUUGUCUUUUAUGACCAUCAUCCCAUCGUGUUGGCGUUGAG